GAUAGAUAAAGUUGGCAUAUUAUCGGAAACUUUUUCGAUUUUCCCCGUGAUUUGAAGAUAAAGACCAAGGUUUUCCGUUAAAAAUGGAGGUUUACUCGUGUAUCGGAACGGUUGAGGCAAUGAAAAGGGCGUUUUUAAUAUUUUUCCUGACAGUUUUGAUGGACAAAACAUAUGGGAGAUUUGACUAUGAAUUUGUUACUUGUGGAUCAUCCCUGAAGCUGAAAAAUGCAUACCACGGUGUUCGAUUGCACUCGCAUGAUGUCAAAUAUGGAUCAGGAAGUGGACAACAGUCUGUGACAGCAGUAGAUUCAACAGACGAUCAUAAUAGCUAUUGGCAAAUUCGGGCCAAAACAGGGACAAACUGCAUCAGAGGAAAUCCAGUCAAGUGUGGACAAACAGUACGGCUACUGCAUGUGUCAACUCGCAGAAAUCUACACAGUCAUCAUUUCCAGUCUCCUCUGUCUAGAAAUCUGGAAGUCAGUGCCUUUGGGGAAGAGGGAGAAGGGGAUGAAGGUGAUCACUGGGUUGUUACUUGUUCUGGAAAAUACUGGAGUAGAAAUGAAAAAAUCAGGAUUAAAAAUGUUGUUACAGAACAUUACCUGCAUGUGGCAGGGGACACUUUUGGUCGACCAAUUCAUGGGCAGAGGGAAGUUAGUGGGUACCCCUCCCCAUCAGAAAUGAACUACUGGCAGGCAGCAGAGGGCAUCUUCAUCAAACCCUCAGAACCACCCCAAGGGACAAAGGAUGUUCAUGAUGAAUUGUGAUGAUAAUGUAACUUUAGAUAUGGGAGUAUCAUUAUUUAAUGUAUUGAUUGUACUAUAACGAAGUCAGCGAUGAAAAAGUGAACUUACUGUGUAUGAGUGUUAGGUGUUACCAAGUAAUUGAUCAUUGUGUGUGUUUGAAUGGUACAUUUAUAUCUUGUUCUUCUCUGAAUUUGAAAUAGUUGUAUUUGCAGAACUGUAGCUCUCUUCAGACAAAGUUGAGAUUAGACCAGAGAGCUACAGAUCCAUCUGUUGUAAAAUUUUAAAGAAAAUAAAAAUCUGUAAUUCACAGUGCAGCUAACUUUUUCUUCACACCAUUCACAGGCUAAAUUUAUUGGAAUCGGGGAGCUUUCAUUUGAAAUGGAUGAUAAUGAAUGUUCUGAGUUAUGCAGUGGUGUGGGAAAUAUGUUGACCAAAUCAUGUACAGAUAAAGCUGCUCCCAAUUUUGUGGGUUUUUAUGAUAGAGGGUAUGUAGCUCUCUUGUAUCCCAUUUUAUCUCUCUCGAGAAAGCUACUGUUCAGCUAAAAGUGUUAAUAAUUUCUUUUUCUGUGUACUAUGUUGUAGCAUACUUUCAUUCCAUUUUCUCACUGUUAAUGUUAACUUUGAAUCUAUUAUAUGCGAUUCGUUGAAUUUUGGAUUUGUGAGGGGGGGGUUGUGGGUUGUUUUUGGGCAUAUUCCCCGAACACCUCUACUCCACUUGAAACAAAAAUGGCCAUUUUGAAAUUUAUAAACCCAAUCAACACCACCACCACCCCCCACCCCCCCACCCCCACUCACUCUUUGGUCACAACCUCACCCACCCCUCCUUUUGAAAAUGUUCUGGAAUUGCCCUUGCAUUGGUUUUAACAUAUAUAGUGGUUUCUUAUGCCCUUUAGUAAAUGUAUUUAUUGAUUAUUUUCAUUCAACACAUUGUUCAUUUGUUAGUUCUAUGAUUUGAUACUCAACUUAUUAAAUAUUUUUAUUGAUUCAUCUUAAGAAGGGUGAUUUUGUAUGAAGGACAUAUUAAAGGAUGGCAGCCUGACAUUGCUUAUUCCCCGAAAACUUUCUGGCUUUGUGAUUUAAUCAGAUUUAUAAAUAUCACUGUGUUCAACAGUUCUCCCAAGAUUCGUAGAUUUUAUUUCAUUGAUUUUAUUUGGAAAUAGACCAAGCUGUUAUUCAAUUAUCAAAGAUCAAAUGAAUAUAUUUCUCCAUUGUCUUGUUUGUCAGAUGACUUUUCUUUAUUGUAUGUUUGUAAAUGCUAUGUGCUAUGUGACCAAUGCAGUACUUUUGAAGUUUGUAAAUGCUACAUGUAUGUGCUACAUGACUAAUGCGAUAAUAUUGAAGUUUGUACAUUGUAUAAGUGAUAUUUCAGACAUUGGACCAUGAAACUACUGCUACAUGUAUUAAAAUUUCCAUUGAGCAUACUUAAAUCUCACUGUUGGUGAGGUCAUAGCAGUCCAUAAAUGAUGUGUGUCCUUAUUUAACAUCAUCUUAUCAUUAAGAGUUCGCGGAAUUUUUAUACAUCUGCAUGGGUUUUCACAUUGUUUAUUAGCAAUCUGUUUUCUGUACCUUGUUCCAUAUGAUCGCACUCUUCAUAUAGUGCAUGCAUGGUGUAUAUGAGUAAAUACAACUGUAGAUGAUGACCUGACAUGUUGCACGUUUUUCGUGUAUUGAAAGAAAUUAUACUUUUAUUUCCAACA